GAGGGAGUGCGAGUUUCUUGGCCUCAAAGGCCCCACAGUCCUCCACUUCCUGGGGAGGCAGCAGGCCAGUAAAGCCAGCAGAGACUCUUCUCCUCUUCAUCGUCCCGGCCACCACUGCUUCAGCCUCUGCCUCCCAGCCUCUUUCUGAGGGAAAGGACAAAAUGAAGUGGAAGGCGCUUGUCACCGUGGCCAUCCUGCAGGCACAGCUCCCGAUUACAGAGGCACAGAGCUUCGGCCUGCUGGAUCCCAAACUCUGCUACCUGCUGGAUGGAAUCCUCUUCAUCUAUGGUGUCAUUGUUACUGCCCUGUUCCUGAGAGUGAAGUUCAGCAGGAGCGCAGACGCCCCCGUGUACCAGCAGGGCCAGAACCAGCUCUAUAACGAGCUCAAUCUAGGACGAAGAGAGGAGUACGAUGUUUUGGACAAGAGACGGGGCCGGGACCCUGAGAUGGGGGGGAAGCAGAGAAGGAAGAACCCUCAGGAAGGCCUGUACAAUGCACUGCAGAAAGAUAAGAUGGCAGAGGCCUACAGUGAGAUCGGGAUGAAAGGCGAGAACCAGCGCCGGAGGGGCAAGGGGCACGACGGCCUUUACCAGGGACUCAGUACGGCCACCAAGGACACCUACGACGCCCUUCACAUGCAGGCCCUGCCCCCUCGCUAACAGCCAGGGUAUUUCACCACUGAAAGGCCAGACCUGCAGAUAUCCAGAUUAUGAGACACAGGAUAAAGCAUUUACAACCUGGUUCACUCAUCUCAGCCACGAAAGUAUUACCCUUCAUGUACAGGAUGCUUUGGUCAUAUUCAGCUCCAAAACAUCAGAGACUGCUGUCCUCGCACUCUUUAAGGGAGUGUGCCCCCAGGGCUCAUGGCCCUGGCCUUGGGCCCUCUGAUUUGCCAGUGGUGCAGGCAGACCUGUCUCCUGGUGGCUACGUGUUCUCCCUGGGAGGCUGGCAUGCCGUCUCUUACAGCUGAGUUGAGUGUUUUGUAAAAGCCCCAGAGAAACCGCAGAUGCUACCACUUGCCCUAAUGUCUGUACAGUCAAUGUUUGAGUGGCUUCACCCCUGCUGUAAAUUUGGCUUCUGUUAUCACCUUCACCUCCUUUCAAGGUAACUGUACUGGGCCAUGUUGCACCUCCCUCCCUGGUGAGAGGGCCAGGCAGUGGGGUAGACAGGAAGGGAGCCUAGGUCAGGUGCAGCCAGGGAGCUGCAGGGGCAAGGGAAGGUGGGCAGGCAGGGGAGGCUCAGCUAGGGCCUUCGAGGGCAGCAGGGUGGGGGGGGAGUUCCCUGCCUGGGGCCUCUGUGCCACACCAUUGAACUGCCACGUGCUAUGGGGGCUGGAAGAUGAACAAGACUACCCUUGAUGAGCUGUGCACAAAGUGGUAUAAAGAACAGUAUGGUUCCACGGUGUGAACAAAGUGCCUGGGAGCAAGAGAAGGCCCUUGAUUCGCCUCAGGCUUUCAGUAAAUGACAAAACCAUCAUCGCGAAGGCCUCACAGGAAGACCCAGCACCAUGGGACCUGUAACUGCCCAGCAGACAGUGGCAGGACAGGAAAAACCCCAGUCAAUGUGCUGGGACACUGCUGUGUCAUUACAAGGCACAGCCCAUGGAUGAAAAACGCUCUCUGCUCUGCCUUUUUUCUACUGUUUUAAUUUAUACUGGCAUGCUAAAGCCUUCCUACCUUGCAUAAUAAAUGCUUGAGUGAAAAUGCAGCUUUGCUUUAAGCUUUAUUUCAGCAGUCAAGCUUGUAAUGGCAAUUUAGUCAUCAAUCGGCAGGUUGCCCUUGGGGGAGGAGGGGAGCAGAACUGCUGAUUCUUGGGAGAGAACAGGACCGUUCCUGGGAACCAGCACGUGAGCACAGGUGCGUCCUUGGAGGCAGGGUCACACAGUGCAAGUGAGCUGGGCAUCCAGGCUGGGGAGCUGUGCCUUAGAGUUGGGCUCGGUGCAAUACAAUGUGUCAGUACUGGCCCAGGCUUGUGCCAGAACCAGAGAGGGCUAAGGGAAAGGAGCCCUGCAGCCAGCGCCAGCUUGUGGGGUACAGGAAAACAAGUGGGGGAGAGAGGCCAGCCUGGCACUCAGGCAUCAGAAUAGGCAGCACAUAAGCAGAGGGUGUCUGGGAGUUAUGCACAGCAGCUGACGCCACAGUGUGAAAUGUCUCCGUGCACCGGGUGAGGAAGAGAUGGAGGACAACCAAAGUCAGUUUCCCUCACAAAAGGUGAGGAAGCCUGAAGGGUAAAAGGCAGGGUGGAGUGGGGCAGGAACCAAGGUGCUUAUGGUGAUUCUGGGAUUCCUGAGAGCACUUGGAAAAAAUAAUUUGGGAGAUGAAUUAUGCGUAGGGUCUGAGAAUGUGUGUGUGAAGUAUCCAGAAUACCAAAACACGGCAACUUCAAAGAAACUCCAACAAUGUCAAAACACUUGGAAAAUGGUUUAAUGAUGUUUUACAACAGAAAGAAACUGUACAGUUACAGUAAGUUUAAUAUAUAUAAAAAAUUACAGCAGACAAAUGCAUCUACACAAAAUCUACCAUUUCAUUCUGAUUCACUGUCACCUACACAAUCUCUCCCAAGCCUACAGCCCCUGCAGGCAGCCCUAGGAGGGGGAAUCAUCUAAAGGGCACUUUGAGAGAGACAGCACCGCUCAUAUUCCCCGCCACCUCCUCAAGCCUCGGGAGGCAUCAGCUAAUUCCCCAAAAUGUAAAGUUGCCUGUGUUUCAGGUUUUCAAAACCAAGAAAACGUGUUUCCCAGGGGCACAGAUAACAAGGUCCAGCACACCAAGUUAUCAGCUGAUUCUUAGAAAAUAUUUUUAUCAGAGGGGAAAUAUUUGGCUAACAGGCGCUCUGGGGCAGUACGGCUACACAACAGCCACCCAGAGUGCAGGUUACGUAAGAGAAAUGUAGAAGGACUCCCAACAAACCACCUCAGAAUUGUCACUGCCUCAUUAAAGCUGCUGGACAAUUUCGGAAAGAAUCAUUUACACCACGUUUUAAGUUUCCACAAAGAACAACUCAAACUCACAUUUAAAGUACAUAAAACAAAAAGUUCUCGGAGGCCAAGGGGCCAAUUCCCCUUGUGCCCUUCCGUUGACAACAGUGGACAAGCACCCCUGAAUUAAUAAUUAAGACAAAAAAGGAAGAAAAAGUGAGUUAAGAUAUUAAAAGAGAGAGAGAAAGAAAACAUCUUUAGAAAGACACGAUCACUGUCUCUUUAAAAGAAAACAAAAUCCCAGUUGGGAACAGUAAUGAGGAAUAUGCAAUCUAAAUUGACACCUGGUGGGAGAUUAUUAUUGAAUAUUAUGUACACUCAGAACUUUUUCAUUUUCUUUUUUAUUAUGAACACCUAGGCAGUGAAAACUGUUAUGUUAAUACAUACAUAGACACACCCAAAACAUACAAAAAUACUAUUAUUUCAAACUACUAAGAAUAGGACAGUUCAAUUAUUUUCAUGCUAUGACUUUUAAGAGCAUUACACUGAAACAAGAAGUUAAACGACAUUUUUUUUUUAAUAUCCCAGAAAUAUACCAAAAUAUACAUCUAAGCUUUGGAAUUACUGAGGUUAGACUAAUGCAAGUGCUGGGUAAUCGUACUUAAUACACAAGUCUAAGGUUCUGCAGGAAAGAAAUUAUCUUUGGUAUCUGCAUCAGGCUAAUAUUAUUAACAUUUGGAUUUUGCUUUGGGAUAGAGCUUGUAUGACCCAAGAACCAAGUUCCCCCCUCCCCCAAUCAACUGAGAUUAAAAAGAUCCAUGUAAAAAGUUCCUUCAUUUGCAAUCCCCCCACCCCCCAAGUUAAAAAGUCACAGGCAUCUACCUAGCACAAAAGGUUGUGAAGUACAAUGCAUAGUUGCACAGUGGUGCUGCAAAAAGGAAACAAAACUACAAUCGAGAGAAAUGAAAAGCUUGACCAUCUUUCUGCACGUUUUCUCACAAACAGGACGGCCACUUCCAAGCAGUUCCAGUAAAGGAAAGAGAAAAACGGCUCAGAAGGGCACCUUGGCGUGCAUUCGCCCAGCCCCAGAGGUUAAAGCACCCAGCAGAGCAGCCAAUCAUGCGCCAGUGUCUUCAGCGUCCCCCACUCUGUGGAGUCCUCGGGCCAGUCCAGCAGCAGCUCCCACCCUCCUGAGGCCCUGUGUUAAGUCCCCAUAGUGACCCUGGUUGGUAUAGGGUGGAUGAUGGUGAUGAUGGGAUUUUUUGACUUUUGUUUUGGAAAAUCUGAAAUGCCAAUUUGUUUCAGGGCAUGCUCACAGGUUUGCGAGGGCCAAAGCUAGGGGCAUGCACCUGUGCAGGACCCUGGAAGGUGGAAAACAGCUUGCCUGCCCUUUCUGAUCCGGUCAGAGGGCGCCCACCUUCCCUGGCCUCACUCUUCCAACUGCCAGGACACCACAGGCUGGACUGAUGCUGAAGACUUCCCUUUUCUUUGGUUCUUUUGUUUGUUUUGAGUUUAUACAAUCAUUAAGAAAUCUUUGGUUUUGGCUGGAAAUUUUAAAAAAACAAAACAAAACAAAACAAAGAAACCACCCUCCCUUGGCUUAUAGCAGCAGUAUCAUGACCUGGCUAAGCUUUUUGUCAGCAUGAGGGGUGGGAAUUGAAGGUUGGGAACUACAUUCAAAGAAAAGGUGAAAGGGCUGGGGAUGCAGCUUCUAGAGAGCCCACUGGAUACGAGAUUGUCAAAUAAUAAUAAUAUUAAUGAUAAACUUAAAUAUUUGGAAAUUUUUGGUCAUAUCAAAGGAAAAAAAGUGAAAUGUGUAUGCAGCAGUCAGCUUAAAGGAGCCUUUGGUGUUUUCCCUUCUACCCAAAGUCCUGAAAAGAAA